GGAAAGCUAUUUUAGGUUAUUAUAUUGGCGACUAACUCGGAGGCACGGCACACUAAUGUACGAUUAAACCAAGGAUUGAAUUAUCCAUUAUGAUUAAAGGAGUAUUGACAAAGUCUGAAUUUUCAAGUAGCAAAAGCUAGUAAAGAUAUUCUAUAAUAGUAAAGAAUGCUGCGCUUUUUCAUCAUUACAGAAAAAACGUUGCGUUUUUCAUACUAUUUAAUAUUUUUAUUUACAUUUAUAAAAGACGCAUAUUCUCAACCUUAUAAAUCUUUACAUUUUAAUAGAUCCGUCCUUUUAUCUGGAUAUCAUCGAAUAUUGCAAUAUAACAUCACUCUUCCUGAAGUCAGAGGUCCAACACAAAUUCUUAUUAUGGAUACUUUGCCUAAAGAUGCAUACAUAGAUCCUUAUCAACUCUGCAAAAGAAUAGAAGAUAAUGAAUUUAAGCUCUUAACUAAUGAACAAAUUCAUUCUGAAAUCCCAGCUUAUCAAGCUCAAUCAUUUCGCAUUCAGCUGUGUUCUGUAUCCCAAACUAACUCUCAUGAAAUUGAGGUUCCAAUUCAUCUCAGAUAUCAAAAACCACAUGAUUGUAAAAUAUAUGGGAAAAGUGUUAUCAUCAAUCUAGCAGAUGCAGUAGUACAUAUAAGAACACUCAGUAAAGACUUUUUCAAUGCACAAUGUUUUAAUAUAGAAAAUGAUGAUUCAUGGAUGGAAAAGAUGGUAACAGCUAAAACAAGUUUCCAUGUUCCUGUAGGGUGUGCAGAGGAUUUGUGUGUAGUAUUUGUCUUAACUAUAAGUGUUUUAGUGGGAACUGCAUUAUACAUAUCUUCUAUGUUAAUAAAAUUAAAUAAGAAAUUGUGAUAUUUGAA